GUUUUGGGGUGGGGGAGAGGGAAUUUUAGGUUAUAAGCCAUUGUUGGUGUUGGUCUAACAGUAAACUCUGGGUUGGGAUCAUCUCGGAUCCCCUUCCUGGGAAUUCAAGGAUCCUCUAAUUCAACAAACAAUUAACGGUCAAGAUUCAAGUACAAACAAAUACGCUUUCAUAUUGCGGGCAGCCCGUCGAAUCCCACCACCAUAGACUCUGCCAUCAGGCUUGAACCUGGACUCCGCCGUCGACUUCUCGGAUUUGAACUAGAUUCGACAGAAACCCACGUCGUCGGAGCACAAGAAUUGCCUGCACCCAACAUCGCCGUAGCAUUUAUCUGCUGCCUCACAUCGCCGCAGCACUGUCCGACGAUAUCGGCAAUCCAAUGCAACCUAUCGAUAAAUUGAAGAUAAAAUCGUGGAUUAAAUUUGGGAAAUCAGGUAUUAUAGAGCCACUGGGAAUCUCCAGUUCGUAUCAUUAACUCCGGAGAGAGCUCUCACGUAAGCCCUCCAUCUCUCUUCUUCUGUAAGCCUAACAAAUCCGUCGAUACCAACACCGACAAUCCUCUUCUUCUGUCACCCACAACCCAGACUUGAAUCUGGACCGUUAAUUGUUUGUUGAACGCUCAGGAUAGAGGAUCCCAAGAUCCCCGGGAAGGUAUCCGGAGAUGAUUCCAGUCCGAAACUUUGUAUUAAACGCCCGCUGACCCAAAAAAAUUAUAAACGCCGCCUCUCUCUCACCACAUGAGCAAAACCGUUGCGCGAUCUCUCUCUAAUUCACAGACACAGCCAUGGGGCCCUUGAAAUCAGAAUCCGUCCGGAUCCGGCCUGAUGAACAACCGAUGCGGCCUACCAAACAACCACGGCUUGCAGAGGCAGAAGAAUCAAAAGCGGCAGAGGCACAACAACAAAAGGUGGCUGAGGCACAGGGACGAAAGAAGUUUGCUUUUGAUUAUGCUAAACAAACCCCAAAGUUCAGGUACUGUCUCAUUUGUAUGAAGAAUGAUCACAGUGCACCACUUUGCCCGUACGGGAGAUAUUGCUCACCAGACAUAACUGUUGGCCCAGAUGCUGCAAUAGUCUGUACAUGUUGCCAUGGUGAUCCAAAAACUGCCCACCCUGAUGUGGCUGAUGUGGAAAUGGUAACAAGAGCUGUGCUCAAGAGUUCUCUGCCACUAUCAAGGUGGUAAUCAUACUGAGCGCUGUACUCAAGCUUUAUCUGUGGUUUGAAGAAUUCGGAGAUGUUCACAUAGGUUCGAGGAAUUUUAUGGAUUUUAUCUUCAUCGUGUAAUGAUCAUCGCUUUGGGAGAAUUUGUUUGAGAUGUUAUUAAGGAACAAUGGUGUUAUAAUUGUUGUUAUCCGGUGCUAUUAUUGCAAUGUACUGAAUUCUGUUUGUUGGAUGUUAAUGUUUACAAGUAUUUGAGCCUUCCUUAUUCGUA